ACACAAGCAAGGCCGUGGCUCUCUUUGUCUCCACAACCCACCAGCGCGGAAGAGCAUGGCACAGGCACGGCCGUCCUCCCUGGGGACGCCACCGUCAGGCGCGGCUAUCGAUGUGCUCACCGGGGACGACCUCCGGGACAUCCUCCGCCGCCUCUCCCUCGCCGACCUCCUCCGCGCCGCCCUCACCUGCCACCGCUGGCGCCGCGUUGCCGCGCGUUGCCUGCCCCGCGCCCCUCCCCUCCUCGGCCACUUCUUCCACCCCGUCAACCCCGCUCCCCCGCCGCCCAUGAAGCGGCGCGAGAAGACCCACUACGACGCCGUGUUCGCGCCCCUCGACGCCUCCUCCCCGCGCCUCUCGCUCGACUUCGCCCCGGAAAUCUCCCGGUUCGAUCUCCAGGACUGCCACCAAGGCCUCCUUCUUCUCGAGCCGACCGUACCACUCCCCAAGUCCAUCAUCCCCCGCAUCCUCGUCCUCGACCCAGCCACCCGCCGCCGCGUGCUCCUCCCGCCGCCGCCGCGCGACACGGUCCCCGACGACCCCCGCUGGCGCAGCUCCAGGUACUACAUCGGCUCCGCGCAGCUCUCCCGCGCGCACCCCAGCAAGCUCUGCUUCGAGGCCGUCUGCUUCGCCAUCGACGACGGGCGCCCGCGUGCCUGGGUCGCGUCCGUCGACAACGGCGACUGCAGCUGGCGCGCGCUCUGUCGGGACAUGGACGUCCUGGUUGAUUUCGACCCCCACUGGUUCAAGCGCCGCUGCGUGCACGCUGCCGGGAAGGUGUACUGGCACAUCUGCAACUCCGGCCGCGUGCUCGUGCUGGAUCCUGCCACGCUGCGCUUCUCCUACCUGCUGGCGCCAGCCUUGCUGGCGGAUCAGUACGACAAGUAUCGCAUCGGCGAGACACCGGAGGACGGGCGGCUUUGCCUGCUUGGCACGGACAGCUAUUCAAACAAGCUGCAGCUCUGGGUGCGCGGGGAGGCCAGGUGUAGUGACAACGGGUGGCUUCUCAAGAGGAAUGUCAUGGACAUGCGCGUGGUGUGGGAGGCGGUGCCAGGCCUGCCCACGGACUGGGCACAAAGGAUCUUCAACCUUUGGCCCAGCGACAUGGACGCCGGCCGCACCGGCAAGGCCUUCAUCCAGACCUUGGGAUACGGCCGCUACUCGUUACAUCUGGACACCGGCAAGAUGGAGCGCCUGGAGACCAAGGAUGGCAAGGAGUACGGGCACCCCAUCUACGCCUACUUCCUCGCGUGGCCGCCUGCGUUCCUCGCUGCAGAUCAGUACUGAGUUCCCGUUAAUUGGGUGCUGAGUCCGCAACUUGUGUUUGAGAUCAGCUCACAUCUCUGGGUCAAAGUUCCAUCUGCACCUUCACUCAGGGCAUGAGGAAGAAGAUCACCUCACCUUGUUAUGUUAUGACUAGCUAAGCGAUGCCACCGCUAUGACUAGAUGAUAGUUGCAAAGACUAUUGAUGUCCCUUUCUUUUGACUGAUAUCCUACUGCCCUGCAUCAUUAAUUUUCAUGGUUGUGUGAUGGAUGAUCAAAUUUGUACGCGUGGGAUAGUCCCAAGUUUAAAUCUGCGUAGCACCGCAUGGUAGUUUUUU